CGCAUCCUCGUUCCUUGCUUCCGUACCACCAAGUUGCCUCCAGGAUGUCGAGGACGGCACAAGACCUCAUCGCUGGCACGGCCGGUGGUAUUGCACAGGUGCUGGUGGGCCAACCUUUUGAUAUUGUCAAAGUUAGGAUGCAAACUGCUCCAAAAGGAACGUACCGUGGCAUGCUCGAUUGUGCAGGAGGUAUCUUCAAGAACGAGGGGCCCUUGGCAUUCUACAAGGGUACUUUGACACCGCUGCUCGGUAUCGGUGUCUGUGUCUCCAUCCAAUUCGGCGCCAUGGAGUACUCGAAACGUCUCUUCGCGAAGCGCAACCUUGAGAGCGGCAUAGGAGGUCCACGCGGUAUUCUUCUCACUGGCCCACAGCUCCUGGCCUCAGGUGCGUUUGCUGGCCUCGCGAACGGCAUUGUCUCAGGUCCGGUCGAGCACAUCCGUAUCCGUCUGCAGACACAGUCAGCGACAAAUCCGGAAUAUAAAGGCCCGUGGGACGCCAUCAAGAAGAUCCACGCGAAACGUGGCAUUGCUGGCAUCUACAAGGGUCAGGUCGCUACUCUCUGGCGCGAGGGCAGCGGCUAUGCCGUUUAUUUCUGGGCGUACGAGAAGCUCAUGCAACGGGAAAUGGCGACGAAACAGAUUGCACGCGACCAGGUCCACCCCGCCAAGACCGUUCUAUUCGGUGCUGCUGCGGGCUAUGCCCUUUGGGCGGUCAUAUACCCAAUAGACAUGAUCAAGUCUCGCAUGCAGACCGAUGGGUUCUCGCCCGCGGACGGCCAGAAGUAUACUUCGAUGCUCGACUGCGUGCGGAAAGUGUGGCGAACAGAAGGCCCAGGGGCGUUUGUGCGCGGUCUUGGUCCAACUGUCAUCAGGUCGCCAUUUGCCAAUGGUGCGACCUUCCUUGGGUUUGAGAUGGCGAACCGGCUCCUACACAAGCUGGUGCACGAGGAAAGCGUGACUCCGUUCUAGACGUUAUCAUAUCGUACCGCUAGGAUAUUUAGCUGGUAACUUAUGCUUGGAUCUCACUUGGACUUGUUGCUCGGCUGACCAAUAGAUGUGACUGAGAUAAUGUAUAUAGUGACAAACCCGCGAACGAUUGCCUCAACGGCAUCGUUAUAUCACACACCGGUGCAAUGCGACUGCCGCAUAGACUAGUGGCUCUCCAUUG